AUGGAAGCGUUUAGUACUGUUGCUGCCGGGAUCGCAUUACUUAGCCAACUCGACGCAUGUAGUAUCAGCCUUCGACGCUUUGCCCGAGACUUUCGCAUGGCCGAAGAAGAUCUUCGGCUUCUUCGUUACGAGGUACAAAACUGUCGAAUAUUGGCCAGUAUGUUCUACGACGCUGUCGCGCCACUUCCUACUCGCGUAAUGCAGCAAGCCCUGGAACAAAAGCUUGAUCAGCGACUCCGGCGCCAAUCAAAGCUGGCUCAUAACCAGAUACGGGGAAUCAAAUUGAAGCUGAAGCCGCUAUAUCGAAGUGAUCAUGCAACUUCACUCGGCAAGGUAUUAGCAAAAAUCCGAUGGCACUUCACCAAAGAUGAACUACAACUUCCAUUGGCCGCAUUGGGCAGUGUGAAAGCUAGUCUCAAUCUCUUGGGAACCAUUGCCAUGCUUGAGUUGGCCACCAUCAAUUACUCAAAAAUUCCGGAGAGUGACCUUGGGAAAAAAUCACAAUUGCUUUCUAGAAUGUUAGUCACCUUUCCCCUCAUCCCGAAAUACUAG